AUGAUUUCCAUACCAGCGAGGUGGACGAGGAUACUUAUUGCCGUCUGCAUCUUCCUCACCGUGUUGAACUUCCUAUCCUCCGCCUUCACCAGCAAAUCAUCCAACUUCGAUACGUCUGUGGUGGGCAAGCCAAAGCUGAACUACUACCACUCCGAUGGAACGAAAGACCUUCUCAAGGUAGGCGCCAACUCAGGUGGAAAUGGCGAGGCGGGUGACCAAUCCCAAGAGGGACAACAGGACAAACAGCCUUCUGAACCAGAGGCUGAUGAACCUCCCAUCAACAAGGCCAAGCCACCAGUGCUCGAGCAGCAGCUCCGCAAGUACCUUGACGACCGUGACAACGGCUUGUUCAUUGUUCUGCUGGAGCUUGGCGACCCCAACGUUCCUGAGUACGAGACUCACGACAUCAAGCUGCUCCUCAAGACCAACAAGAAGAAGAAGAAGUUUGAAGUUGCCGAAGUCAAGGGCUAUGACUACACCUCAUUGCAGCAACAAGUUCUGUUUUCUCAAAGCAGCGGUGGCAUUGGCGACUCUUUGCAGUUUUUAGAGUUCCGCAAAUUGUUCAUCGAGUUUCUUGAGGGGACUUGGGGUUUGAUUGAAGCUGCCAGGCCCACGGUCGGCGGAAUCAACAACGCCGCUCACUACUCGCAAGCCAAGGCUUUGAACAAGUACGACAACGUCAACGGCAAGAUCCCUGUGUACGGUGGCCAUUGGAGAGAAUCGUAUUUGGCCGAGCCCGUUCGUACAAAGGACUAUUUGCUGUACUUCUUGCGUAUCACUACCCAGGAGAAGAACGCCCUUCAGAACUCCCACGCUACCUUUAUGAACACGAGACCCAAGUCUUUCCCUGGCCAAUUGCUCAAAGCAGGAAGAAAGUUUGGUUUCAUGGAAGGCGAUGGUAUCGUGUAUUUGGGCGGUGGCAAGUACAACCAGUUGGUUCUUUUGUCCAUCUCUUUAUUGAGAGACACAGGCUGCAAGCUUCCCAUCGAAGUUAUUCUUCCCAGCAGAGAUGACUUCGAUCUUGACCUCUGUAACAACAUUCUUCCGUCUUUCAAUGGAAGGUGCAAAAUCAUGUCUGACUUCCUUCCGAGCAAGCUUGUCGGCGGUUUAAAAAAUUUCCAGCUCAAAAGUAUGGCAUUGUUGAUUUCUUCUUUUAAGAACGUGUUGUACUUAGACGCGGACAAUCUUCCUAUUAAGAACCCCGACUACUUAUUUGCCAACAAGCCAUUCACUGAGCUGCACAUGAUUAUCUGGCCCGACUUGUGGCGUCGUUCGACCUCCCCUAGCUUUUACGAAAUCGCAGAUAUUGAAGUCGAUCCUAAUUGGCAAAUGAGAAACAGUUACUUUGCUGGCGAUAAACGAGGCUCCACGAAGGGCGAAGUCUCCCUCCACGAUACAAAGGGAACUAUCCCAGAGGCUUCCAGUGAGACAGGUCAGUUCAUGAUUAAUAAGGAAGUACACUUUGGUACCCUUAUUUUGUCUUUGUACUACAACUACUACGGCCCCGACUUUUACUACCCUCUUCUCAGUCAAGGUGCCGCUGGAGAAGGCGACAAGGACACUUUUAUUGCAGCAGCUCAUAAACUCGACCUCCCUUACUAUCAAGUUAUGGAAUUCAACCGUGAAUUCGGACCCGAAAAACCAAGCAAAAAGCACGAGUACUUCGGCAUGGGCCAGUAUGAUCCAAUUGUCGAUUAUCUCAAUAGUCAGUUUGACCUUACCAAUAAGGCCAAUCUUGAGAACCUUGCCAACGAUAAUGAGGAUCCUGCGAAACUGAAUUACGAUUUCCAUUACUACAAGACUUCGUCCUUGAUGUUCGUUCAUGCAAACUGGCCCAAGUAUUAUAUUGAUGAAAUGUUCGGAGGCCUGAAUUCCAAUGGAAGAGGUCCCAAGGACAACAAUGGAAACAGGCGAAGAUUAUACACUGAUUACUUGAAGAAGGAGACCAGAGGCUAUGAUUUCGAGUUGGAGAUCAUGAAGCAUGCGGAUGCAUGGAAGAAAAAAGGCUUGUGA